AUGGGGAGAAGUGAUCAGGGCAGCGAACAGAGCAUCAUUCAGAUAGGAGAACAGAGCCUCUAUUACUGACACAGCAUCGAGCCAGCACACCUCCUACCACUAAGACUCAAUUUUGCGGGCAAAAGACACACCAUGAGUGACGAUCAGAGCCUCUCAGAAGUUGAGAUGAGCCCAGUUGGGUCUGAAGAUCCUUCUCUAACACCUGAGCCUCUUGCAUCUCAUGCCCAUUCUGGUCCAGAUGAAGAUGAAGAUGGAAAGGUGAAGAAAGAGCAUGAUUCAGAGGAUGAAAGGUUUCCUGUCUGCAUUCGAGAAGCUGUCUCCCAAGUCUUGAGUGGUUAUGACUGGACAUUAGUUCCUAUGCCAGUGAGGGUCAAUGGUGGCAAUAAGUCUAAACCACAUGUGAAACGACCCAUGAAUGCUUUUAUGGUAUGGGCACAAGCUGCCCGCCGUAAGUUGGCUGAUCAGUAUCCACACCUACAUAAUGCAGAGCUGAGCAAAACACUUGGCAAGCUUUGGAGAUUAUUGAAUGAAAACGAUAAAAGACCUUUCAUCGAAGAAGCUGAGAGACUGCGGAUGCAGCAUAAGAAGGACCACCCAGAUUAUAAAUAUCAGCCUCGUAGAAGAAAAAAUGGGAAGCCCACCACUGGAGAGGGAGAUGGUUCCUCUGAAAAUGAAGGAGGUGCUGCAUCCAUACAGGCCCACUACAAAAACUCACAUCUGGACCAUAGACAUGGCUCCCCUAUGUCUGAUGGGAACUCAGAACAUUCCACAGGACAAAGUCAUGGUCCUCCCACCCCACCAACAACACCCAAAACUGAACUUCAAGGUGGAAAGUCUGAUGGAAAGAGAGAUGGAUCUCGUUCUCUUGCAGAUGGAGGGAAACCACACAUUGAUUUUGGAAACGUUGAUAUUGGGGAAAUAAGCCAUGAUGUUAUGUCCAAUAUGGAGCCAUUUGAUGUCAAUGAGUUUGACCAGUAUCUUCCACCUAAUGGUCAUGCAGCACACCCCAGUCAUAUUGGGGGUUACACAUCCAGCUAUGGUCUCAGUGGAGCUUUAGCUGCUGGCCCCUCUGCUUGGGCCCUGGCAAAGCAACAUGCUCCCAAUGUGGCAGACUCAAAAGCUCAGGUGAAGACGGAAAACUCAAGUACCAGCCACUAUACAGAACAGCCGUCCACUUCACAGCUGACCUACACCUCACUGGGGCUGCCACACUACGGUUCAGCCUUCCCUUCCAUCUCAAGACCACAGUUCGACUACUCAGACCACCAACCAACAAGUUCUUAUUACAGCCAUUCUAGUCAGGCAUCUGGGCUGUACUCGGCGUUCUCCUACAUGGGCCCUCCACAGCGUCCUCUUUAUACUGCAAUUUCUGAACCACCUACUGUGGCUCCUUCACAUAGCCCAACACAUUGGGAACAGCCUGUCUACACCACCCUGUCAAGACCAUGAGAAUUACUGAGAAACAGGCAAAGGAGGGACAUCUUUCGGAGAGAACCAUACUCCGAUGGGGUCCUCUCACAGCUCAAAUCCCAGGUAGAAUCCGGAUUCCAUGAGCACCAGGAAACUGUAAAUGGUUUCUACUGGCCACUGAGAAAGACGGUGACCAGGGAAAAAUGGGCCUAUUCUCCUAAGUAAAAACAAAACUCCAGUGUAAAAAUGGUGGGCUAGAAUAGCAGGGCAAUGCAGGGAUGGGGGAAGGGAAUAAAGAUUAUACACUGAUUAUGAACUAGUGUCUCCCAUAUUAGAGGAGGAAGCUGCAUCAUCUGACUUUAUAGUAGCUUUAUUCUAGGCGCCAGUUUGGCUGGCAGAAUUGACUAUGCAGGGCCAAUGGCUGCAACAAAAAACUGUCUAAAAGCAGCUUGACUUUCUCAUCCAGUUGACCUGGGCUGCUAACCAGUUUGAAAGAAGGGAUAGUCCAUACAUCACUAAUCAACUUAACAUCUUGGGAAUAAACUGAUUCCUAGUUUCUCCAAACCACUUGUCAACGACAUACUAAGAUCAAUAUUAGUUUACGAUGGAAAAUCUGAUACAGUUCUCGUUGUAUCUCUCCUAAUCCCAUCUGCUCAGAUGGGGAGCAAACAUAGCUGCAUCAAAAUAUUCCUGAAGAACUAGAGCAAGUGAAGGCAGGAGAUAAUUCAUACAAACGUAAUCCACUCAUUGUGCAGUGGUCAGCGCAAUAAGGUGACAAUUAGCUCCAAUUGGAUUUAGUGUUGGAUGCCUCAAGUUGGCCAACAUUUGGCUUGCAUAUUCAUCCACAGUACUGUGCAAUGCUCAGAAAAUGUCUUACACAAUACAGCAUUUUUUUAAAUUAUUUUGACAACAUGGUAUUGCUAAUGGUAUGCAUUCUGAAUGAACAGAACUAUGUUUGUAAAAAAACAUGGUACUGUUAUUUUUUUUACAACAUCUAGAAUGGAUAAUACCUAGGCUGUCCACUUCCUACAAAAAUCUUUAGGGGUAGUUGUCACCAUGACCUAGAGGAAGUACAGAAAAGCAAGUCCGAACAAAAUAAAAAAGUAAGCUCGAUCAAAUAAUUGCCUUAAAUAGAUGAACUUGGACUUCACAGUCCCUCUACUGUAGAAUGGAUGUAACAGCUUUCUACUUGUCAUAAGUAACAAAUCAGUUACAGAUAUGAAAUAUAUUCCUGUUUUUAAUCAGGAGUCUCGAAGUUUACAUAUUUUUAUAAUGUCUUAGAAUGUCAGUGAUAGCUGUAGACCUAGAAAUGAAAUAUUCUUGUAGAUGUCUAGCAUUUCCAGGUGUUAGCAUUUAUACAAGCCCAUUUAGCUACCUUAUUGCAGUAAAGCAUCAUAAAAAAAAUAAUCGUGACAAAAAAAUAAAGUGAGUUCAGUAAAUUUAGGGCAGUUAACUCUAAAUUUCCAUCCCCUACAUUUAUAGCCAUACAUGUGAUGGCAGCCAUUUUGUUUUCCCUUAAAGCAACACUAUUUACUGACAUUUCUCCUAACAGGAUACUAUGAAGUAUGUUUA